AGCCCUCGAAGUUAGAAUCGUCCAAUGCCUGUGACGUCAGGCCAAACUUUCCCAGGUGACCACAGCUCGUUCCCAACACUCCCGCCUGGCACGUGUCGACGGUGACAACCGUGUCCUGUACCGCGGCUUUCGGGCAGAAUAUGAAGAUCACAGCAUUGACAUGGGAAGAAAGGAUAUGUUUCAACUAGACUUUGGGACAUAGCAACCGUUACAGAAGUGUUACAAUAGCUUCGAUCAAGGCUUCCUGAGCCUUCCUUUUAUAGAUGACUGAUGGACCACGGUGGCGAAGUUAGGGACGCGGUCGCUACGGGAUAAGGGUUGCCGCCUAUUGAACGGAUUCAUUACUUCCUACACAGCAGAACAUUUGCAAGUCCGUCUACUCGUUUUUACUGCGUCUGUCCUUAGUCUGACGAAAGAGUUUUCCUCUUACAAUGCAGACGGCCGAGUGUUGGAGACUCUGAACUUGAGAGCGGACUUCUAAGAAAGAAUAUCAUGGAGCGUUCAUGGGUUUGUAAUUAUGAUGCAACAACGGAGCCUGUCUAUUCUAGAACUCCCACGAUGUGAUGAUCGAGAAAUAAUUUACAUCUGACCCUGGGUCCCAUACUAUUAAUUAAAAGCGUCAAAGGACGGAGAGUCCAGUGGAGUCUUCAAUGGCCUUGACCACACGCAAACUCCGGCUUUGGAAAGACGUCCAAGUGGACAUUGAGAAGAAACUGAAGAGCUGGAACUCCCAAAGAAACGCCGACAAUGUCACCAUUCCCUAUGGACUACAGCUGGAGCACAACCUGUCCCACCCCAACCCUGUACGAUGUAUGGCCUCCCAGCGCAUCCUGACAGGCGACAUCUUUGUGACCAAUCAGGGCGUUGGUGUCACAAACCAGCUGUACUUGUGGAACAUUGACGCAGACACCAAUGGUGCUGAACUAAAGAAAUACCCAGUGACCCCAGCCAUGACCCUGAUGAAGUGUAUCCCUAAGGUCCAUGCACUGGUGGGCUACUGCUCAAGCGACAUGACCAUCAACAUCUUCACUGACAUGCUGCAUGGCUUCAAACAGUUGUCCAUGAGCCCCAUGCCAACUACAGUCUUGUCGAUGGCCUUCCUUGAUGACACUGAUGAACUGGUGUUGGGGACGGUUGGAUCAUUGCUCACCUUCAGGCUGGGCAUGUUUGACAUCAGGGCAAAACUGGUUCCAUCAAAGCCCUUUAUCACAGAGCUAACAAGAGAUCAGUGGGUUCUGAACCUACAGGUGGACAGAAGGACACGACAGCUGAUAGCGAUGUGCGAUGAUGGGGUUUUCUUCAUCAACUACAGCAGCCGCAUGCAGGAGCGCUUCCUGCCCAACUGGCACCAGGCUGACCUCAGCUGCUGUAUCGCCUACAGACCCAAGGAGUACUUCAUCACAGCGGCUACAGAUGGGACCAUGAAGGUUUGGAACUCCAUUGUGUUCAGCCAGGUGCAUGAGUUUAUGGGCCACUACGGACACAUCACUGGGCUGGCCUUGCACCCCCGCUACCCUCUACUGGUCUCUGGGUCCAGGGAUGGGUCCAUCAGGGUCUGGAGGCUGGACACUCUGGAACAGACCUAUCGCCUGGACAUAGGGGGUGACAUCUUAGAGAUGAGUAUGUUAGGAUCAGGAACUAUCUUCUACAGGACCAAACAUCAGAUCAAGGUGUGGUAUCUGAACCAGUUCCACUCUACCUUCAGCCAUGUGUACUGCAGUGUCAACAAGCUCGUACACAUUAACUGGGCAGGACUGCCAUCACGGGUGCUUGUGACAGGAGAGGAUGGCAGUGUCCGUAUCCUGUCAGCCGUUUCUGGAGUGGUGUUGAACAUCAUCUAUCCCAUGGCCACCUACCAAGUUCUGGAUAACCUGGUGUAUGACCCCAGUGCCAACAGAAUCUUUGCAGUGCUAAAAGAUGGAAAGGUUCUUGUGUAUGAUACCUCCACCAACCCCUGUAUGCCUCAACAGCUGCUCUGCCCAGGGAGUGAUGAUGAACAGGUCCUGAGUGCUGCCCUGAUAAAGCUGGAGCUGGCACUUGGUCAGGAAGAAACUACAGCAGGGAAGGCAGUAGUAUUUGCAGGCCACAAGAAUGGACAACUUUCCCUGCUACAGGCCCCUAACCAACUCAAGAUGUGUAACAUCCAGGCACACAGUGGCCAGGUGAUAUUCCUAUACUCGUCACAUGGGAAGCCAGAUAAUGGUAUCCUUGGCUCUGUGUCCCGCCUGGUGUCCUGUGGGACAGACAAAUGCGUACACAUCUGGGGGAUAUGUGUGGAGGAGGACACCAUCAGGCUGGUGUGUCUGUCAACUGUGCAGUGCAAAGUCACACCCAUGCUAAUCUCCAUGGUGGGAAACAUCCUGGCCUUGGUGACCAUAGAUGGUGUACUCUCCAUGUAUAGAACAUACACAAAGGAAGAAAGGACCCUAGAGAAGACAACUUAUAUGCCAGUAUCCGCUUGUGCAGUCCCACUCACACACCACAUAGAAGAUGACCAUAAGAAAGGGGUCACUGCUCUCUGCUGCUCAAGGACUCUUGGCCUGUUUGCAACUACUGGGAAGGAUGCUUGUGUCAAAAUCUGGAACACAGAAAACAAGUUGGUCAAAGAACUUGUCCUGGAUAACACUCUACAAGGAGUGUGCUUUGCAAAUGACAGAGGAGACCUUCUCAUUGGCUACCAAAGUCAUGUUAGCUAUGUGCCAUUAUUGAACUACCUUCCAAAACCGUACCUGGAGGAACUUGUUGCAACCAACGUGUUGGAUGAACAGUUGGAGGAACCUGUGCCAUAUGACCCUUCCCUGCAACUAUUGUUCACUAUGGAUUCUAUCCCUCUUUUCUCCUUAGACUUGAAGGCAAGGAGGGAGAUAGAGCCGGAAGCCUCCCUUUCUAUACCUCUAGCCCAAGUGUCAGAACUGGAAAUGCCUACACAAUUGUCUACAAAAACCUCAUCCUUCCUUUCAGUCAAGCUUUCCUCCCAUCUCAGGCAUGGGGAAAGUGCAAGAACACUAGCUUCUAAAACUUCACAAGUGGCAACAUCACCAUUUAGACUUUGUCCUCCAUUGGAGCCAAUAGGAGCAAUCCCUUCAAGUGUACACAAGGAAGAUGAAGGAGUGGUUGCUGAAGAAGAAGUCAGUCCUACUGUAACAGUGCCUGUAGAGAGUAAAUCAGACCAGUUCACUGAAAAGGACAGAAAGACAGAGCAGGGGAAAGAAGAAGAAGAGGAGGACCCACUCUUGAAGCGCAAACCUAUCAUAGCUCCUGAUGGAUACAUCCCCAACUCUGUCAUCCGGUUUAUCAUUGGUUACAAACCACCCCCAGAGAGACCUAUUCAGGAAGAGUGGAACCUGAAGGCUGCUCCUUCAGGAGAAUUACCAUCUGUGGAGGAAGAGGAGGAGGAAGCUGAGGAUGAGGAGGGGCGCCUGAUAGAUUGGAGCAGCUCACCAGAGUUAGACCUCAGAGAUGAUGAUGAGAGGUGGAAGCUUCCAUCUCCUGUCCGGUUUGGUGAAAAGAAAAAGAAGUCUCAAGAGCAGAAGCCAAGUCCCAAAUUAGACUACACGUUCAGGAAAGUUACUUUUGAGCCUCUUCCUGGAGAUGAAUCACCCAGUGGCAAAAAGGCAAAGAAAGCAAAGGAGAAGAAAGAGUGGGAAGGCCCUACCUUACUUCAAAAUAUCGUCAACUACAGUUGGUUUCCUCGUGACAAGCUAACUGACCAAGAGCUGACUGUGGAAAAUGUCAUGGCUGUUCUUCUGGUUUUGUUGCAGGACACAAGUGAUAUAGAUAGGCACAAGAAAGUCUGCCAAGCAAUCACAGAUAUAUACAAAGAACUUGGACUUAGUGCAGAAUUGCUGGACACUGUUGUCAAGAUUCUGCUUGGCCAACUUGGCAAGAGGAAUGCUAUCGUUAGAAGGAAUUCAGUGAGAGCACUUGGUGAAUUGGGGCUUGACAGAAAGGUUGUCCUUAUGGCUCUUAUAUCUGCUCUUACAGACUAUGACAAGGGUGUGCAAAAGGAGGCUAUCGAUGCCAUAGCAACAGUUGCUGGAGUCAAAACCAAACAAGACCUCGCUCAAGUACUGCAGAGGAUUGGUGUGCUCAAGGGGCCAUUCAAGAACAUGGACAGGCAGAAUCUGAAAGAGUUGGAGGAAAGGAUUGGAAAGAAAGGUCAAGGUCACACCCUGCAGGGUAGCUUGUCUGAUGAGAUGAAUGCAAGAAUAGCCAUGUGGAAUGAAAGGAUUGACCAGAGACAUGCAUUCCCACCACUUGAGACAGAUUUCUUGGACUUCAUAGAUAAAGAAGACCAGCUUGACCAGAAGAAAGAAAAACAGGGGACAAGAGGGGCACCUCGGCUUGCAGGGAAACUGAAAGGAAGGGGUCCUCCUAGUUCAAAGGGUAGUCAUAAAACUACUAUGUCCUUCAAAAGGCAUGCCAAAUCACGUCCAAAACGUCCUCCACCAAAGAUCACUGCCAAACGUCAAUCACGUGUUAAGGGAGAUCUGGCUAGUGGUAAGAAGUGGACAAUGUUGCACCAUAAUCAGGCCAUCAGAAAAAUGCUGAUAGCCAAGGAUCUUGAAGAAAGUAGUAGCCCAGUUAGGUUGGCAAAGGGGACAGUGACAACACAAGACCAAACCAGAUAUGUGCCUGAAGUUCCAUGCAGUAGCAGAAGUGAGAGUGCAACAGACAGUACCAGUCAUGUAGCUAAAGUCACAAGCUUGGAAACCAAAGAAGGACACAAGGACUUGUCAGAUGCAGAUACAACCUCCACAACCCACAAGUUGCUUGUAAAAGAGGCUAUUGACGACAAAUCUGCAUGCCAAGAUGAUGAUACGGCAUUGGGUACUGAUGAUGCAAUGUCAACAGCCCCAACUGACGAUGUUGCAUCAACAGCCCCAACACUGGAGGAACUGGAACUCCGACUUAGAAGGAAUUUCACAGAUGACUAUGCUGCAACUGAAUCCAGCUAUGAUGACUCUGGAUUGGGCCAGAUGUCUGAUACAUCCAGUUACAUAGAUGGUUUCAGGGUUCGGAAGCCAAUGCAGACACAUUACUUUCCACCUAUCAAAUCUGGCAUACCAUUUGAACUUAGGAGUGACAGCGACAAAUCGUUUCCUCCAUAUGAAGAAGAGGGAGAAGAAGAGGAGACUGAAAAAUGGCGACAGCUCUUCAACAGACCAUCAGCACAGAGACGCAAACGCCUGUAUGAAGAACGUGCCAAGAAGUUGAGCGGACAACCAGCAAAGCAGAGUGCUCUCCCACCAAUCGUCUAUAUGAAGGACAUGAAACAAUUGACAAAGGGUGACUUGGGGCAGCGACUUCUCCUCAGUGUAGCAACUCAUUUUGCACCAGAGGCGAGGAAGAAGCUGGAGGGAAGGGAUCAACAUAGGAUCACCAGUCUUCCACAUAAGCUGAGUUCACAUACAGACACAGAGAGUUAUGGCUGUUCAAACUUUGGGACACUAAACAUGCUUUGGACCACAAUGGCACCACAAGGUCCAGAGAAACCCGUCCUGUAUCCACACAACUCAACUUUUAUACCGACCAAAGAUGGCACAUACAGCCAAAGACAACGUAAAAAGCCAUUCCGUGUGCCAUUGCCAUCUCUUGAGAUGCUAACACGAGUUCAGGCCAUCCAGGAAAGUGGAUUACUUAGAGAGAAGAGUUUGAAAAAGACCUUCAGCAGAUCUUACCCCUCUAGUACUACCCCUUACGGUUGGUCUACCCCUCUCCCGCCUGCAAGGAAGCUGCACAGCACACUCAGGAAGCUCGAUUUGUCGGAGGUGGACCUAAGUGUCAAACCAACAGGUAAAGAGAGAUGUGUGGUCCACAAGCAGGGGCACAGAUGUAAAGUGUGUAAAGGGUACUACUCUUCACCAGAACUUGCAGGAAGACCAGAAUCUGAGGAAGACCCUCCCACCAGUGCUGCUCCUCCACCAUCCAGGGCAGAGAUGUGCAAAGGGAUUUCUUUGCCUAUCCUUGCAUAGUGCAGCCAGUCUUGGCUAUUUGAACAACAAUAAAGAUUGAGAUGUCAGCAGCUAUAUGCUGAGAGUACCACUUGCAGAAAAGAUUUCUCUCCUCUUAUUUGCUGGAUUAGUACUUAAUGUUACAUUACCCUAUGCUUAUUCUCUGAAACUUGAUUAUAUUGAACAAGUGCAAUUUGUAUGAAAAAUCCUUCUAUUUAUGAAAGAAAAUAUACUAUGUGGAUCUAUCCAGAAGGGAAGCAAUUUAGCAA